UAUAUUUUACAUAGCAACAAAUAUGAUACCUAGAAUUUUUUUGGCAUUUUUGUUAUUUUACUAUAUUAAUGGAGAACCCGGGGAUUAUAAAGGUAUGAUCGAAAAUAUUCACAUCGAAUAUUUUAAUGAUAAAUUAGCUGCUCCUAAUGCAACCUUUAAGUUUUUUAAAUACAACAGAACUCAGUUUGCAAUAAAUGUUUCAAUUUGGGUACUAGAAGAUUUAGAUGGAAGAGAUAUAGAGUCUUCCACCAAAGCUUUUGCUUUUUUGAGCAAUACAUUUAAGUUUACUGGAAUAGAAUUAAAAGUUCCGAAUGUAUGUACUAUGUGGAAAGACGAUUUGUACGGCAUUAGGGGAAUUAUGACCAAAUGCGGAGAUGUCGAUUUAUGUAAUAUUAAGAAGGGCCUUUGGCAACUAACAAACUGUUGGUCAGAAGCAAGCUUCAAAUACUUUCCUAAAAGCGUACCUCAAGGUUCGUACAAAGUAAUUAUGGAAUCAAAAUUGAAGGAUGGAAGGGUUCUGGCCAGAAUUGCUUGGUACGGAAAAGCCAGUUUGUUUUUCAAGGAUAUUCAAAAUAUGAACAGUACUUCAAAAUAUAACAUAUUUCAAUGAAUUUAUUAAUAUUUUUGAGUUUUUAUUGGUCAAUUAAAAGCUAAGGAGGAGGGAGACAUAUUUUCAAUAAAGCAUUAUACCUGAA